AUGGACCCGCACGUUCCUUUUCUCCCGUGGGCCUUCCUCUUUUUUGGAGUGAUCAGUUCCAGUCCUGUCCCAAGAAAGCUUUUUGGGGAGAUCAGAUCCCCCGGUUACCCCAAGCCGUAUCCCAACAAUAUCGUCAGCACCUGGGAUAUCCACGUCCCAGAAGGCUAUGUGGUGAAACUGACCUUCAAAUAUUUUGACCUGGAGCCAUCAGAGUCCUGCUUCUAUGACUAUGUUAAGAUCAAAGCGGACAAGAAGAACUUGGGCCGAUACUGUGGCCAGCUUGGGUCAACCACAGGCAAUCACCCAGGAACAAAGGAGUUUGUGUCUAAGGGGAACAGGAUGCACCUGGAGUUUCACUCCGAUUUCUCCAAUGAAGACAAUGGCACAGUGAUUCCCUACAGGGGCUUCCUGGCCUAUUACCGAGCUGUGGAUCUUGACGAAUGUGACCCUAACAAUGCUGCUGAGAAAGAUGAAAGGCCUCAGUGCCAGCACUUCUGCCACAACUAUGUGGGUGGCUACUUCUGUUCUUGCCGGACUGGCUACCAGCUUCAGAGUGACCACCACUCCUGCAAAGUGGAGUGCAGCAGUGAGUUGUUCACAGAGGCAUCUGGGUAUGUGAGCAGCCCUGAGUACCCGCAGCCUUAUCCUGAAGACCUCCGGUGUAACUACAGCAUCCGUUUGCAAAAGGGCCUGUCUGUCAUCCUCAAGUUCUUGGAACCCUUUGAGAUUGAAGAACACCAGCAAGUCCACUGUCCUUAUGACCAGCUCAAGAUCCAAGCACCAGGGAGAGAGAUUGGUGAAUUCUGUGGCAAGAAGUCACCUGGCAGCAUUGAAACCAACAGCAAUGAAGUGGACAUACUCUUCCUCACUGACGAGUCAGGGUACAGCCGUGGCUGGAAGAUCCACUACACCUCAGAGAAAAUACGGUGCCCACAGCCUGUCCCACAGGAUCAGUUUACCAUCAUCAGAGACCUGCAGCCUGUGUAUCAGUUUCAGGACUAUUUCAUUGUCAGCUGCAAGACUGGGUAUAACUUGGUAAAGGACAACAAAAAGCUGCUGUCCUUCACGGCUGUCUGCCAGGCUGAUGGGACAUGGCAUCAAUCCAUGCCACGCUGUGAAAUUGUGAACUGUGGCAACCCUGCAGACCUGACCAAUGGGGCAUUCAGCUAUGUUAACAAACCCGCAAACAACAACUACCAGUCAGUGAUCACAUACCGAUGCAAUGAGCCAUAUUAUCACAUUGUCACCGGAACAGGCGGUGACACAUUCACCUGCUCUCCUGAGGGAACCUGGGUGGGUCGAGACGGCCAGACGAGGAUUCCUGCCUGCUUGCCAGUGUGUGGGAAGCCGGUCAGACCCAUUACCGAAGUCCAGCGGAUCUUGGGCGGCAGGUCAGCAGGGACAGGCAAUUUCCCUUGGCAGGCUCUGACGGGCAUCCACGGACGAGGGGGUGGUGCGCUCCUGGGCGAUCGCUGGAUCCUGACCGCUGCCCACACCAUCUUCCCCAAAGAGGCAGGAGGGAACAAUGUAAGCCUGGACCAGCUAGCAGAGGAGGCUAACAUUUUCCUUGGCCACACCAAGGUAGAAGAGCUCCGCAAGAUGGGUAACCACCCUAUACGUAGGAUCUUUAUCCAUCCAGAUUACAACCCUAAAGAUGAGCACAACUUCAAUGGGGACAUAGCCCUGCUGGAGCUGAAACAUCCAGUAACCCUGGGCCCUACAGUGCUGCCCAUCUGUCUCCCUGAUACUACCAACACCACGUUCUACAUGGAUGGGCGCAAGGGCUACGUGAGCGGCUUUGGUGUGGAAAAAAACUUUAUUUCAAAUGAGUUGAAGUACGUGAGCCUACCAGUGAUCGCUCAAGAGAGGUGUCAGAGUUGGCUGGACAGUAAGAAGAGAGAUGUACCUAUGGUCUUCACUGAGAACAUGUUCUGUGCUGGCUUCCUCACAAUCAAACAGGAUACCUGCCAGGGAGAUAGUGGGAGUGUCUUCACCGUGUUAGACGCAGAAAGCGGUCGCUGGGUGGCUACCGGUAUUGUUUCUUGGGGUAUUGGCUGUGCCGAAGGUUACGGCUUCUACACCAAGAUCCUCAACUAUGUGGACUGGAUCAAAGGGAUAGUAAGGGAGGAUAGGCUCUAA